CGACGACACAAUUCUCUUUCGCGAAGCUCCGUCGACGCUCUUGUUGCCGCAGUCACCUCCACAGCCAAAGCUCGAUCUCGAUCCUCUUCUCCUCCUUUUGCCACCAUGCCUCCCAAAUUGGACCCCUCCCAGAUUGUCGAGGUGUAUGUGCGAGUCACAGGAGGAGAGGUGGGUGCUGCCUCGUCACUGGCACCUAAGAUUGGUCCUCUUGGGUUGUCUCCGAAGAAGGUCGGAGAAGAUAUUGCUAAGGAAACGGCCAAGGAUUGGAAGGGCUUGCGAGUGACAGUCAAGCUUACGGUGCAAAAUCGACAGGCAAAGGUUGCUGUCGUACCCAGUGCUGCUGCGCUGGUCAUCAAGGCUCUCAAGGAGCCUGAACGCGACAGGAAGAAGGUCAAAAACAUCAAGCACAAUGGCAACAUUUCUCUUGAUGAUGUCAUUGAAAUCGCCAAGAUCAUGGCUCCGAGGUCGAUGGCCAAGGAGUUGGCAGGCACUGUGAAGGAGAUUUUGGGUACGUGCGUUUCAGUAGGCUGCACUGUUGAUGGCAAAGACCCCAAGGAUCUCCAAUCAGAAAUUGAUGAUGGAGAGGUUGAAAUUUCUACCUAAAUUCUUUUGCAUAAACCCUUGGCCCAGCAACGUUCCUUGUAGGGGGCCUUUUUCUGCACUGGCUGUGUCGCAUGAAUCCGGAAUAUCCGUGUAAAUCAGCGAUUGUUCAGUCAAUAAUUGUUGCCUAUUUUUUUAGGUUUCUUUGAAAGAAUAGACCGUUGGACAUUCCGAACGUGAAUUGCGUUUGUAUGUGAUACUGUUGUGUAAUUAUCUGAUUGGUGUCCAAGAACAAUAGUAUUGAGCACCUACUUUAUUACUCU